CGAGUCUCAGGCAAUCCAUCAAUCCAAGCUAGCCAUCAAAACCAGCCAGCCAUCGAAACAAGUAGACAUAAAAACCAGCCGGCCAGCCAUGGCAAGCAACAAUGGUCUUAAGAGCGUGAUCAUUUGUAUCCUCAUACUGGGGCUAGUUCUGGAGCAGGUCCAAGUAGAGGGAAAGAGUUGCUGCAAAAACACGUCGUCAAGACUCUGCUACAACGCCUGCCGUAAAGCUGGGGGUAGCCAAGGAGCCUGUGCAAGCACUUGUGGAUGUAUACACAUCGAUGGCAAAAGAUGUCCAGCUGACUAUCCUUCUAUGCAUCUUCUCCCAGACUCCCGUGAAUCAGAUGCCAUUAAGUACUGCAACAUCGGAUGUAGCUCUACCGUGUGUGACAACAUGAACCAUGUUUUUCGCGGCGAAGAGAACGUGGAACUCUGCUUCGAUGCAUGUGUGAGUCUUUGUAACGGGACUGAGGCUGCCGUUGCAUCGGUUGCAGCCUAAUCAUGCAUGUGCAUGCAAGAUGUCCAAGGCCGAGAUCAUGUUGCUAAUUCAUGUUCAAUAAACUUGGAUCCUAUCAAUCGUAUCCAAGCAAGUGUGUCGUGUUAUUUCUGGAAACGAGUUUCUCUUUCCUCAUUCCAAUAAGAAUCUCAACGAGAAUAUAUUUGUACCACUCUUUGUACCCUUGGCCUAUUAAUAUGAAUAGCACAACUAUGUAAUUUCUGUUACAUUAAAUUCAGUUUUUAUUUUUCA